UUGGACUUACCAUUCUCAAUUCUUCUUCUUCUUCAUCAUCAUAACAAUCUUUUUGCGCCAAAAUUUGAUCUUGGAAUUUGGGUAACUGGGUUGCUCUCCAUUUUCAGAGCAGUAUCUGUUUCCACACACAAACACACGCCUUUGUAGGCUGAUGACUUUACAUGGUAUUUCCCUCCAACCUGUUUCCCAUUUCUGAUCUUGAGGAAAAGAAACGCCGGCGCUCUCUCCGACCAGAAAAAAAAAUGGGACAGCCUUCAGUUCUCAUCUAUGCUGUAAUCAUCUUGCUACAGGUGUCUAUAUUCUCAUUGGUUGUUGCUGGUUCCGAAUAUUCUUCAAUCGGGGAAAGGCAUGGUAAUGAAUACUGUGCAAUGUAUGAUAUAUGUGGAAAAAGAGAUGAUGGGAAAGUUCUGAAUUGUCCUUAUGGUUCUCCAUCUAUUAAGCCUGAUGAACUCUUUUCAGCCAGAAUCCAAAGUUUAUGUCCAACAAUAAGUGGUAAUGUUUGCUGUACAGAGGCUCAAUUUGACACAUUACGCCAGCAAGUUCAACAAGCAAUUCCUUUCCUUGUUGGUUGCCCAUCAUGCUUAAGAAACUUCUUGAAUCUUUUCUGCGAACUUUCUUGCUCCCCCGAUCAGAGUUUAUAUAUCAAUGUUACUUCUAUUUCUGAGGUUAAUGGAACUUCAACAGUUGAUGGAAUUGACUUCUUAAUAAGUCAUACUUUUGGAGAAGCGUUGUACAAUUCCUGCAAAGAUGUGAAGUUUGGGACCAUGAACACUCGUUCAUUAGAUUUUGUCGGUGGAGGUGCCAAGAGCGUUAAAGACUGGUUCACUUUCCUUGGUCAAAAAGCGGACUUGGGUUUGCCAGGCUCUCCCUAUACUAUCAACUUUAGGCAAGGCAUUCCUGAAUUCUCUGGAAUGGAACUUAUGAAUGUGUCUGCUUAUUCUUGUGGUGAUACUUCGCUUGGCUGCUCUUGUGGAGACUGCCCUUCCUCUCCUGUAUGCUCAGACUUGGAACCUCCUUCACCCACCCAUGAUGAUCCCUGCAGCAUCAAAAUUGGAUCUUUUAAGGUUAAAUGUAUGGACUUCUCAAUGGCUUUGCUGUAUGCUGUCUUGAUCUCUGCACUUUUUGGGUGGCUUUUGUUUCAUCGUACAAGAGAAACAAAUACAUCCGCUUCGAAACCUUUGUUGGAAUUCACAGAUGCUGAUGAAAUAGAUACUGCCUAUAGACAGAAAGAUGGGCCGCAGGUAGUAAACGAGGUUCAACUUUCUACUCUUCAAGAGUACAUGACAACUUGCUUCAGGAAAUACGGAAUAUGGGUUGCUAGGAAUCCCACUUUUGUGCUGUAUUCCUCACUGGCCAUUGUUCUUUUACUUUGUUUGGGUCUAGUUCGUUUCCAGGUGGAGACAAGGCCUGAGAAGUUAUGGGUUGGUCGGGGUAGUAGGGCAGCAGAAGAGAAGCACAUUUUUGACCGACAUCUGGCUCCUUUCUACAGAGUGCAACAGCUCAUUUUUGCAACAAUACCAGAUUCAAAGGAUGGGAAGUUUCCUAGCAUUGUCACAGAGGAUAAUUUCCAAUUACUAUUCGAUAUACAGGAGAAGGUAGAUGGAAUCCGUGCUAAUCAUUCUGGUACACUUGUUUCAUUGACUGAUAUAUGCUUGAAGCCUCUUGGGGAUGACUGUGCUUCCCAAAGUGUUCUGCAGUAUUUCAAAAUGGAUCCUUACAAUUUUGAUGAUUAUGGAGGAAUUGAACAUGCCGAGUACUGUUUUCAGCAUUAUACCUCUACGGAGACAUGCCUGAGUGCUUUUAAGGCCCCUCUUGAUCCUAGCAUCGUACUUGGAGGAUUUUCAGGGAAUAAUUACUCAGAGGCUUCUUCAUUUAUCAUCACAUAUCCUGUAAUCAAUGCUGUGGAUGACGUUGGCACUGAAAAUGAGAAAGCGAUAGCUUGGGAGAGAGCUUUCAUACAACUAGCAAAGGAUGAACUGCUACCUAUGGUGCAAUCGCGGAAUCUGACCCUCUCAUUUUCAUCAGAAAGUUCAAUUGAGGACGAAUUGAAGAGAGAAAGUACUGCAGAUGUGACGACGAUACUGAUAAGCUAUCUUGUGAUGUUUGCUUAUAUAUCAAUCACCCUGGGAGAUGCACCACGGUUGUCUACAUUCUAUAUUUCAUCUAAGGUGUCACUUGGACUUUCAGGAGUCGUGAUUGUUGUGUUCUCUGUCCUUGGAUCUGUUGGAAUUUUUAGUGCCUUGGGAAUAAAGUCAACACUUAUCAUUAUGGAAGUUGUUCCGUUCCUUGUUUUGGCUGUCGGAGUGGACAACAUGUGUAUAUUGGUACAUGCUGUGAAAAGACAAUCUGGAGAUCUUCCUUUGGAAGUGCAAGUUAGCAGUGCACUUGCUGAAGUUGGCCCUUCAAUAGCACUUGCUAGCUUAUCUGAGGUUCUGGCUUUUGCGGUCGGAAGCUUCAUUUCCAUGCCAGCAUGCCGUGUAUUUUCCAUGUUUGCUGCUCUGGCAGUUCUAUUGGAUUUCCUUCUGCAAGUUACUGCUUUUGUUGCCUUGAUAGUUCUUGACUUCUCAAGAGCUGCAGAUAACAGAGUUGACUGUUUUCCAUGUAUAAAAAUCCGUUCAUCUUCUCUGGAAAACAUCGAAGGUGUAGGCCAUCAGAAGGCUCCUGGAUUACUGGCAAGAUAUAUGGAGGAAGUCCAUGCCCGUAUCCUUGGCAUCUGGGGAGUAAAAAUUGCUGUUGUUGCAAUCUUUGCUGCUUUUUCCUUGGCAAGCAUUGCAUUAUGUACCCGGAUUGAACCUGGUUUGGAGCAAAGUAUUGUGCUUCCACGUGACUCUUAUCUUCAGGGGUAUUUCAGUGAUCUCGGCGAGUAUCUUAGAGUAGGUCCACCUCUCUAUUUUGUGGUUAAGGACUAUAAUUACAGCUCAGAAUCAUCGCACACAAACAAGAUAUGUUCUAUCAGCCAAUGCGACUCAAAUUCACUUUUAAAUGAGAUAUCAAGGGCAUCUCUGAAUCCUGAAUCAACCUACAUUGCUAAGCCAGCUGCAUCAUGGCUUGAUGACUUUCUUGUGUGGAUUUCACCUGAAGCUUUUAGCUGCUGCAGGAAGUUUGUAGAUGGAAGUUAUUGUCCCCCUGAUGAUCAGCCUCCUUGCUGUUCACCUGAUGAAGGUCCUUGUAAUCCAGACAGUGUCUGCAAAGAUUGUACAACAUGUUUCCGUCACUCAGAUUUGAGCAAUGAUCGUCCUUCUACUACACAAUUCCGGGAGAAGCUCCCUUGGUUCCUCAAUGCUUUGCCUUCUUCUGAUUGUGCAAAAGGUGGACAUGGGGCUUUUACUACUAGUGUGGAUCUGAAUGGUUAUGAAUGGGGCGUUAUACAAGCAUCAGAGUUUCGUACAUAUCACACACCAUUGAGGAAACAGGGUGAUUACGUUAAUUCGCUACGUGCUGCUCGAGAGUUCAGUUCGAGGGUUUCUAAAAGUUUGAAGAUGGAGAUCUUUCCGUAUUCAGUGUUCUAUAUAUUCUUUGAGCAAUAUCUCGAUAUAUGGGGAACAGCUCUCGUCAACAUUGCUAUAGCACUUGGUGCUAUCUUUAUCGCUUCUCUCAUUAUUACAUCCAGUUUAUGGAGUUCGGGAAUCAUUCUUCUUGUUUUGACUAUGAUUGUGGUGGACCUUAUGGGUGUGAUGGCCAUCUUGGGUAUACAACUCAAUGCUGUCUCGGUUGUGAACCUCAUAAUGUCGAUUGGAAUUGCGGUUGAGUUUUGUGUGCAUCUAUCACACGCCUUUUCGGUAAGCUAUGGAGAUAGGGAAAAACGAGUAAAGGAGGCUUUAAGGACCAUGGGAUCUUCUGUCUUCAGUGGCAUUACAAUUACCAAGCUUGUUGGAGUAAUUGUCCUUUACUUUGCAAGAUCUGAAAUAUUUGUGGUUUAUUACUUCCAAAUGUACCUGGCUUUGGUUCUUAUCGGAUUCCUUCAUGGUUUGGUUUUUCUGCCGGUCAUACUAAGCUUGUUUGGUCCACCGUCAAGAUGUGUUCCGAUCAGGAAAGAGCAAGAAGUUCAAGUCUUUUCGUCACAGGAGGAUGAAGAAGUUAGAACCGUUUCUAACCAUGACCACAACUAGAGAGUAUAGUACAAUCCAGUAAAACCUAUUGAAUAUACCAAAAUACCCGAAAAGAUGCACAUAUAUUAGUGUCUUUAUGAAUUAUGAAUAUAUAUAUAUAUAUAUAUAUGUUUUAACAUAACUUUUUUUGUUGCCUAAAACAUAAGACUG